GCAAUCAAAUUAACAUCCACACUCAUCCACCGAGAUCAACCGCAACGUCCCCAACAAAAACAACUACCCUCGUACCCCUGUGCAGACGAAGCGAGAGGCACGUGGGAAAAGGAAACUCUCCAGUGUUUACGAUACCUUUUGCCUAUCAAUAAUGGCUAGAAGUUCCAAAGGCAAGGCAGCCAAGAGAGUCAAGAAGGGCAGAAUUCCACGUUAUGCACCAAAGCUUGAAAAACAGUUGCUAUCAAUUGUCAAAAAAGCUGAGGAGAACAACGCACUCCCAAAAGUUGUCGGAAGAAUUCCAAAAGUUGAACUCAUUGAGCCAAAGGAGGAGAAGGAUGCAGAGAAGGUGGAAACCAUGGACACAAACCAGCCAGAGAGUGAAAUCAAGGUGAAAGAGGAAGUAAUGAGUGACGCUGGAAGCAUCAUGGGCGUCGACAAGGGACAGAAGGCCGGUUUCAAGAAGCAUUUCACAGUCAGGCAGAUGAGAAAGAGGAACAUAAACAAAAACAAAGCUAAGAGGCUGAAGGUUGUGCACAAUGCCACAAAAUGUUUGGUGUAUGUGUGCAAAAAGCAGAAAAGGUGAAAUGUAUCUUCUCUAUUCUGGGUUUACACAUUCAUACAACAUAUGUUUCAUGAAGCUAGGCGUUUGUCAUAUUCAUAUUCUUAGAAUAAAAUCAUUUAAUAUA